AUGCAAACGCUGAGCUUGAAAACACCCUUGAGCCGAUAUCGGACCGUAACCUCAGCCGGUGCACGAUUCGCCAUAAUCAUGCCGUCACAAACCUAUACGCUGGCCAGCAGGGUCAAGCUGGCGACGGGCCAGACGAUCCCCCAGAUCCAGCUCGGGUUGUACAUGAUGUCCGGCAAGGAGGCCUACCAGUCGACCAAGUGGGCCCUGUCAGCAGGCUACCGAGGCUUUGACUCGGCGCAGAUGUACCACAACGAGCGCGAGUCGGGCAAGGCCAUCCUGGACUGGCUCAGCAGCCCGGAGAACACCGACGGCCUCAAGCGCGAGGACAUCCACUACACCUCCAAGCUGGCGACCUGCAGCUCCCAUUACGACCAGGUGCGCCGGAGUAUCAAGAAGUCUGUGGACGUGUCGGGCUUGGGCUACGUGGACCUCUUCCUGCUGCAUAGCCCGUACGGAGGCAAGGAGGCGCGGUUGACGAGCUGGAAGGCUCUGGAGGAUGCGGUGGAGGCGGGCGAGGUCAAGAUGGCCGGUGUGAGCAACUACGGUGUUAGACAUAUCGAAGAGCUCAUGGCUUCAAGCCCAAAGGUGCACCCUGUUAUCAAUCAGAUCGAGGUCCAUCCAUUCAACACGCAGAUUUCCAUACGGGAAACGUGUGCCAAGCACAACAUCAACGUGGAGGCGUACGCCCCUCUGGCCAGGGCAAUGAGGAUGAAGCACCCCAAGAUUGUCAGCCUUGCCAAGGCAUACUCUUGUACACCUGCGCAGCUGUUUGUGAGAUGGUCUUUGCAGAAUAACAUGAUCACCCUGCCUAAGAGUGUGAAGAAGGAGAGGCUGAUCGAGAACGUCGAUGUCAACGGCUUUGAGAUCUCGGAGGAAGACCUGGCUGUAAUGGACAAACUUGACGAGGGUCUGGUUACGGAUUGGGAUCCGACGGAUGCCCCGUGA